UUGCCAACUCAUGUUUUUGCCCCAAACCACAAUACAUUUUCUUCUUCUUUUUCUUCUCGGCGGAGACUAGAGAGCUAGGGAUAUCGAGCUGGAUAGACCGAUGGAGGGCGGCCGAUCGUACUUGCAAAGAUUGAGCUUGGGAAGUGGAUCGAGAUCCAGUUCGUCGUCGAGGAAGGGGAAGAAGAACAGCAGCAACAGUUCAGAGAAGCCAAAGCAGCCCCAAAGAGGACUCGGAGUGGCUCAAUUGGAGAAGAUCCGGCUGCAAGAUCAAAUGAAAGAGCACAUGGAAGAUUCAAGAGUAGAGAUUUUACGCCUAUCACCGUCCCCAUCAUCGUCGUCGAAUUUAGGAUCUUCAUUGUAUGCAGUUCAUCCCAGUGCUAUGAUAGGAUAUAAUGGAGGUACUGAAAAGGGAGACUUCAAUUAUCGUGAUUACGGGCCUAAUACCUCAACAAGCUCGCAAGGAUUAAACAGUGCAGCAUUCCAAUAUUACUCUCCUCCCAGUGCUGUAACAUUGCCACUCUUCGAAAAUUAUCUGGAGGAUUCAACACAGAAGAUGAGGCAUGACAGACGCCAAUCGAUGGGAUCGAUCACUCAAAAUUCUGACUCGAAAAAACAAGAGCUAGACUUGGAGCUUAGACUGUCACUGUAAUUAAGCUGUUGCUCUUGCAUGAUAAUCCACAAUAAUGGAUGUUAAUUUUGUACUGGAGAACAUAUCUGUACAUUGACAUUCGCACUGAUUAAAACUUCUGUCGUUUCCCUGCUUAUUAACUCACUAGACAAAGGACAUGCAGUAAUCAGAUUUAAUGCUAAGUCAAUGUAUAUGAUACCGUUGAUAAAUAUGCAUAUUUCAUUAAUUA